GCAAAAGGCAUAGUUUUUUUGGUUGCGUUACUUAUUUUAAAUAUGCUAUGCUAUGUUCGUCACGAGGGGUAUUAAUAUGAGACACUGUCCCUAACAUUGUGUACAUAACACAAACACGCCCUCUGCAAUUUUCGCCUUCAUCUCUCUCACUUUUUUCUCAAACCCUAUUCGCCAAACUGAACAACUGCAAUUUUCUUUUUUUUUGUUAUUUUUGAAGUUAACGUUCCGAGGAAGGUUGUUGUGACGAUGGUCAAGGCUUGCGAGCUUUGCGAUAACCAAGCUUCUCUCUAUUGUCCCUCCGAUUCCGCAUUUCUCUGCGGCGACUGCGACGCCGCCGUGCACGCCGCGAACUUCCUCGUCGCUCGCCACUUCCGUCGUCGCAUCUGCGCCAAAUGCAAUCGUUCCACCGGAAUCUACACCGCCGGCGCCACCUUUCCAUCCACCUGCACCUCCUGCUCGCCGGAGAAGGCUCUCUCCGACGACGGCGAUUCUCUCCCUUCGUCCUCCACCUGCGUCUCGAGUUCCGAGUCCUGCGCCACGAAGAAGAUUAAGGCGACACGCGGCGCGGCGGGGAAGAAAAGGAGGAGGAGUUUUUCGAGUUCGGUGACCGACGACGCGUCUCGGGAAGCGAAGAAGCGACGGGAGAAGGUCGGAUCGGUGGAGCAGGAGGAGGUGUUCGCAAAAUGGAGCAGAGAGAUAGGUUUAGGGUUAGGGAUAGGAGAGAACGGUAACCGCGUGGCGUCGCACGCUCUGAGCGUGUGCCUGGGAAAGUGGAAUUUGCUUCCGUUCAGGGUGGCCGCGGCGACGUCGUUUUGGCUGGGCCUGAGAUUUUGUGGGGACAGAAGUGUGGCCACGUGGCAGAAUCUGGCGAGGUUGGAGAAAAUCUCCGGAGUGCCAGCUAAGCUGAUUCUGGCCGCACAUGCGAACCUCGCACGUGUCUUCACGCUACCCCGCGAAUUGCACGAGGGAUGGGGCGAGUCAUAAUAGCCCAACACAUGAUGGAAUUGUAUGUUGUAAUCCUGCGAUUAACCAAAGUGUGGAUUUCUUUUCAAUUUUCUUUUCCGUUUUCGCAUUUAGGGUUAGAACACUACAAAUAUAUAUCUUCAUUAUUAUUAAUGUGUAUCAAUUGGAUAAACCAAUUCCCAAUCUUUUUCUUCAUAACAAAACACUAUACUUUUCUUAAUGUUCAUCAUGUCUUUAAAUUUCUUAUUAAGGUUCAUUCAUAAUCUUAAUCCAAAUUUUUGUUUUGACACAUGAAAAUGGAUGAAUGGUGUGAUGCGGUGCCACUUGUUAUCGAAUUGUGGAAGAAAUUUGAUGUUUGGUUUUGUCAAGGUUCUGAACAAGAACCAACAACCAUAAUUGAUGUUGUAUCAGUGAGACAGUAACUAGGAGUAGCGAGUUUGAAAACCACACGUCUGCUACGUUUCUGGUUUUGGUCCCAC